GUGGAGACACUGGUGCUACGGGAGGCUCCAUUCCAGCAGCCGCUUAUCAUGCAGAUGGUUGUCCGCCGGGGCCUCCUUGAGAUUCGCUGGGGCGUAGGGCCGCUCAUGGCCCAGGUCGCACACGUCACCUCUGCGGUUCUGCAUGAGACCCGGGAGCGUACGGAGAUGCAGGCGUACCUUGAUAAC